UCGGCGGGAGCGGGAGGCGGGGAGCGGGGCCGGGGGCGUCCCGGGAGGCUCCGGAAAGGCUCCGGGGGGGGGCUCCAGGUGGUCCCGGGGGGAGUCCGGAGGUCCCCGGGGGCCUCCGGGGGGUGCGGGGGAGGUCGGGGGUCCCAUGGUCCCCGGAGCACCCCAGGAACACCAGAGGGACACCCCGAGAAACUCCAGGGAACAACCGAGGGUCCCAGGGGACCUGUGACCCGCCUGGAGCCCCCCGAAUCCCCUCGGAGAGCACAGGGCCAGGCCGGGGGUGCUGCGGGAGACCCCAGAGGACAGAGGGGCUGCCGGGGGCCCGGGGGGCUGCCGGGGGCCAGGGGGGCUGCCGGGGCUCGGCUCCCUGCGGGGGCCGGGGGCUGCCCCGGCCGAGCGGCGGUGACGGGCGGUGACGGGCGGCACGUCCCCAACCCGGGAUUGCGACAGACGAGUCCAGACUGGCUUCGCUGAAUCACCCAAAAACCCCUCCCCGGCCCCAAAGGGGGUGUGGGGGACCCGGAGGAGCACCCCAAAAUCUCCCUCUUCCCGCUGCAGCCGCCGCUGCCAUGUCGGCCGAAAACGCCGCCGUGCCGGCCGAGCCCGGGCCGGAGACGCAGAGCGUGGUGAGCCGCGUGGCCAACCUGCCCCUGGUGAGCUGUGCCUGCGGGGCCGUGGCCUCGGCGUACGGGCGCACCAAGGAGAGGCUGCCCUGCGUGCGCUCCGUGUGCCACGCUGCCGAGAAGGGCGUGAGGACACUGACAGCGGCAGCAGUGAGCGGGGCCCAGCCCCUCCUCACCCGCCUGGAGCCCCAGAUUUCCACCGCCAACAAGUUCGCCUGCAAAGGGCUGGACAAGCUGGAGGAGAAGCUGCCCCUCCUGCAGCAGCCCCCCGAGAGGGUGGUGGCCGGGACCAGGGAGCUGGUGUCGUGCACGGUGAGCGGGGUGGCAGCGAGGACGCGCUCGGCGCUCGGGGCCGUGGUGGGCACCCGCGUGGGGCGGCUGCUGGCCACGGGCGUGGACGCCGUGCUGGGCAAGUCAGAGGAGCUGCUGGAUCGGUACCUCCCCGGGGAGGAUGAGGAGCUGGCAGCGGCAGCAGGCACGGAGGUGACCACAGGCACGGAGGUGACCACGGGCAUGGAGAUCACGAGGGGCAUGGAGGUGGCCACAGGCACAGAGGUGACCACGGGCACGGAGGUGACCAGGGACAUGGAGGUGACCAGGGACAUGGAGGUGGCCACGGGCACAGAGGUGACCAGGGACACGGAGGUGGCCACGCAGGAGCGGCAGAGGCGGUGGCAGAGCUACUUUGUCCGCGUGGGCUCCCUGACAGCCAGGCUGCCACACCGGGCCCUGCGGCGCUCGCUGGGGGACCUGCAGCGGGCACGGCUCCGUGCCCAGCGGCUCCUGGCCCAGCUCCACCACGUCAUCCGGCUGAUCGAGGAGGGGCAGCAGGGCACGGACGGGCCCUGGCACAGCACCCGGGAGCACCUGCACCACCUGUGGCUGGAGUGGAGCCAGCAGGAUGCGGUGCCCAUGGAGGACAACGAGGUGGAGGCUCGGACUCUGGCCAUGCUCCACGGGCUCCUGCACCAGCUCCACGCCGCCUGCUCCCACCUGGCCACCGGCGCCCGGGCGUUCCCCAGCAGCGUGCAGGAGACGGCGGGACACGUCCGGCACGGCGUGGAGGGCGUCCAGGCUUCCCUGGCCAGCGCCCGCUCCUUCCAGGACCUGUCGGGGCUGGUGCUGGCGCAGAGCCGGGACGCCGUGACGCGGGCACAGCUGAGCCUGGAGGGGCUGCUGGAGCACGUGGGGCAGCACACGCCCCUGCCCUGGCUCGUGGGACCUUUCGCCCCCGCGCUCGUGGAGUACCCGGAGGAUGUCCCGGUGGAUAUGUCCAAGUGGGAGGGCUGUGUCACCGUGGGGGGGACGCACCAGGUGCCCGCUGCCCGCCGGGUCUGCAGCCAGCACUGAGUCACUGGCGCCGCACCCACCCAGAGGCACGGACCCCAAUCCCACCGGGAGUGAGGGGAUGAUGGACCCGGUGACCCGGCGUGGGACCCCAGCGUCACGGCCGGGGACUCCUGUGGGGAUGGUGGCACGUGGAGGACACGGUGUGAGUCUUGUCUGGGAUCCAGCGCUGCCCUAAGCCCCGGGAAUACUGGAAUUUCAUGUCUUAACAGCUUCAAACCAGUUUAAAGAGGAAGAAAACAACUUUUUUGGCCUUAAAA